GGCAACACUGCCUAUGUGAGUUGUCAAAAAGUUGGCAUUUAUUCCAUCUGUUUUAUUUAGCAAAAGCAAGCAAAUCUAUUUCCAUAACUUAGACUGCGGUUUAUUCAUAGGAAGUGUGACCUAGGGAAGGCAGUAACGGUAAAGUAACGUGAUGACAUAAUGGUGUAACAGUUUGUUACUGUUUUUAUCGAAUUGUCAUCAAAACUAAACAUGGAUAGUAUACCAGAGUCACCAGUAAAGACGAGCCCCCUCGCGGAGCCCGAGGGAUUCGUAGAGAGCGAGACAGAUUACUCGAGCAUUAGAGGAAAGAUGGUGUUAGUGAGCCCAACAUCAGAUGAGUAUGAACUGCUUCGUAAACAAUUGCUGGAGAGGCUCGAUGCUGGCAAUGGAGAGAUCAUAUAUGACAUUGGGCAGGGAGAAGACGGGCGCGGUCUAACGGAGGACGAGUACAGCGCGUCAGUGGCCACCCUGCAGUCGCUGGUGAGCGGCGAGCGCGUGUCAUGCGUGGAGCUGCGCCGCUGGGACUGCGGCACCGGCCUCACCGGACAGUACCUGCUGCGCACGGAGCUCGAUCACACUGACUUUAUGGAGAUCAGAGUGGCGGUUGUGGGCAACGUGGACGCCGGCAAGUCGACCCUCCUCGGCGUGUUGACUCACGGCGAGCUGGACAACGGCCGCGGUUACGCUCGCCAGCGGCUGUUCCGCCACAAGCACGAGAUGGAGAGCGGCCGCACCAGCUCCGUAGGCAACGAUAUCCUCGGCUUCGAUAGCAUUGGCAAUGUGGUGAACAAGCCGGACCACGGCACUCUUGACUGGGUGAAGAUCUGUGAGAAGUCGUCCAAGGUCAUCACCUUCAUCGACCUGGCCGGCCACGAACGCUACCUCAAGACCACCGUCUUCGGCAUGACUGGACACGCACCCGACUUCGGAAUGCUCAUGAUCGGUGCCAACGCGGGCAUAGUGGGCAUGACCAAGGAGCACCUGGGGCUGGCGCUGGCCCUGUCCGUGCCGGUGUUCGUGGUGGUCACCAAGAUAGACAUGUGCCCGCCCAACGUGCUGCAGGACAACCUCAAGCUGCUCAUCCGGAUCCUCAAGUCCUCGGGCUGCAGGAAGGUGCCCGUCAUGGUGAAGACGAAGGAUGACGUCAUCGUUAGCGCCACUAACUUUGUGUCACAGAGGCUAUGUCCAAUAUUCCAAGUGUCGAACGUGACGGGCGAGAACCUAGAGCUGCUGACAAUGUUCCUCAACCUGCUGAAGACGAGGAUGCCCUCGCAGGACGACAAACCUGCGGAGUUCCAGAUUGACGACACCUACUCAGUGCCGGGAGUGGGUACAGUGGUGUCGGGUACCACCCUGGCCGGCGUGAUCCGCCUCAAUGACACGCUGCUACUGGGGCCCGACCCGCUCGGCCGGUUCACGCCCAUCACUGUGAAGAGCAUCCACAGAAAGAGGAUGCCCGUGCCGGAGGUCAGGGGAGGACAGACCGCCAGUUUCGCACUCAAAAAGAUAAAGCGAUCACAAAUUCGCAAAGGCAUGGUAAUGGUUUCGCCCGCCCUGAACCCGCAGGCCUGCUGGCAGUUCGAAGGUGAAAUACUUGUGCUGCACCACCCUACAACCAUUUCAUCCCGUUACCAAGCCAUGGUACAUUGUGGCAGCAUCCGACAGACAGCUUCUAUCCUGUCGAUGUCUCGCGACUGUUUACGCACGGGGGACAAGGCUCUCGUACGAUUCCGUUUCAUCAAGCACCCCGAAUACCUGAAGAGGGGCCAGAGAAUGGUUUUCCGCGAAGGCCGCACCAAGGCAGUAGGCAACGUGCUGCGGCCAGAACCCGCCGCCGUGAAGACGCAGCCGCGCACCAACAACACCCGACACGACCGACGAUCGCAGCAGUCGCACGACAAGGCCGACACCAAUAACUCGCAUGUGCAGGAGAGCGACGUGCUGGCGCCGGAGUCCCCGUUCGAGCUGCAGGGCGCGGCGCGCGGCGCGGCGGGCGGCGGCGGCGCGCGGCGCCCGCGCAAGCGCCACGACAAGCCGCCCGACGCGCCCGCGCUGCCCGCCGCCACCUAGGCGCGCCAGCUCGCUAGGGAACCGCCGCUUCGCACUCUCACAGCCCGACCGGAAGAGCCGCCUUAGGCUAUCAUCUUACUUGUUCCAAAUUACGAUUGUUGAACGGUGUCAAACUUUAUUUACUCCUGUAAAUAUUUUCCUUUUAAUAUAAUAGCUUUAAGAAAUUAUUUUUAAUAUUCCGUGCUUCCCUAGCGCAGUUUAUUCGGUCCGAAGCACUAAAUCAGAGUACAAGGUACUUAGGUCUCGAUCUUUUUGCUGUGUGAUUAGAAAUCCUUUCUUUCUCUAUGCCUAACAUAGUAUGUGAUGUGUUUACUCUUAAGUACACUCUCUCAGAUGACAGUUACAUAUUUUUUAAUAAAUCUAUAACUUAAAAAAUGUAUCUUUAUCAAGUAAUUUUUCCAUAAUUGACAAAGAUAUUUCUAUUUUCUUCAUUGACAUUUUGCCUAUUAUAAUAAUAUUCUAGCUUAUAAUCUCAAGUCCAAGGGUACAACAGAAAUGGAACAUGCAAAAAUAAUAUACAUAAAUCUACAAUUAGAACUGAAAAUAGCACCAUUUUAUAAAUUUAUAUUUGUUAUUCUUAAAUUCAAAUUAUUUUAUUCAGGAUUCGAAAUAUUUUGUUUGUAUAGAUUAUGUUAUGGUUUCCUAGAUUAUAUUGGUUUAAAUUCUACUGAUAUUUUCAUUGAGCAGUCUAGGUCCAAUAUGUUUGUGUGGGUAACUUUGAACAGCAGAUGGUAAGUGUCUGUUGAAUGUCUCUGUUGUACUUCAUGGUUGUAUCUGUGACACAUGAUACAAUACUAUAGUGUUAGUGAGGCUAGCUGCUCUUCUUCAUAUCAUUAUUCAGUAUUUGAUAACUUCACAGUACCAUUAUUAUGUGAUUUUUGUAGUUUAAGUAAAUGAAUAUUUUUAUGGUUUGUUCAAGAGUGAGUGAAAUAAAACUAGCUCAGAUAAA